CUUAAACCAAACCACGCAUUAAUGUAGCCGCCCACAGCUUUUAUUUAAGAAUAAAUUUGUUUGUCAGCUUUGGGACGAUAUGCUCACUGCUAUGGGUUUCUGGUAUAGUACAGUCUGCGUGAGGUGUUCAAAUGAAAUUUGGAAUUUGACGAUAUUCAAGUGCAGUAUAUUGAUAAUGUUUUAGCUUGUACAGCAUUACAUUGUAAAAGCAACGGCCAUCAGUCGACUUGUAGCAGUUUUCAAUCGUCCCGCAUCACCAGCUUUUUAUGGCUUUGUCUUAGUGUUAAUUAUUUUUACUUACUUCAUGCUUGUGCUGGUUUUCGUAAAGUAACGUGUUCCACGUUAUCUUGAGUGUGCAAAGUCUAUUCAGUCCCUUAAUCCCGAAGUUCCUGAGCGGCGCCUGCUUUAAUCAGUAAUGCUGAGUGACGGAAAAAAAAAUUCGAGCGAAAACUGGAUUUCCUCGUAACAACGGUUGCGCAUUUAUAAUAUCAGUAUGCACUGUGCAGAGAAUGGUGGAUAUUACCUGGCACAGCAGGCUUUCCUAGACAACAAAAACACAUGUAGGCUGAUUCCCAGGAUGUUUCUGAAUGACGUUCCACUGCAGAUAAGAUGUUCAUUCACCGUGCCGGAUCCGCCACCAAGAGUAAUUCAUUGCAAAACGGUACAACUUCCCUUUGCGGAACCCCAAUCAAAUGUGCAAACCGGAAAGGAAGAGACUGCGCAGGAGAUGUACGAUCUUACCCCAACGGAGAAACAAGAAAUCCUGAAUUUAUUCGACAACGGCCGUCCUUGCUUCGAAAUUAUGCGGAAGGCCAAUCUGUCGCGCCACUGCAUUAAGCGGGUACUGGCCGCAGCUGGAAGAACCGUAACCUUUCGAAAACAAGAUCGAAAGAGGUAUGAAACGUUGCGACCGAUGGUUCUGGAGCUCUUCAAGCGGGGCUGGUCUUAUCUAGCGAUAACGCGUCAAGCUGAAACUUCGAUGUUAUGGGUAAAACAGAUAAUACGGGAAGCCAAUUUAGCUCCAAGAGCACCAUCCGAGUCGUUACGAUUUAGAAAGAAUCCCGUUGUGCGCAUUUUGCGUCACCCAGAAAGAAGAGAUUCAUGGAUAGGAUACGACCACGCUCCAGCAUCCGCAGGUUUGCCUGUCUCCAGCUCCACAAGCGGAUUCGAUGCUUGCUGCAGUAUCUUGCUGGAUGACCGACACCGCAGAUAUACAUGCGCCACAACAGAGAAUGCAGAAUUCCCUCAUCAAGAAAAUGGCAUCGCCAAAAAGGAUAGUGCGACGAGAUAUCAUGCAAAGAUGGACAUUGCGGAAGACGGCAUCGAAACAGAUGUUGCCGGAGAAAAAUUGUCUUCCUGUCGCAGGAGUGGACGGGACGAAAUCACUGAGUAUUCCAGUACAUCGCCGGACAGAUGCAUGGAAGUAGCUUCUGAAAUACCGUCGCUUUGGUCAGAACAUGAGAGCAUGAGCGGCCGUACUAGACGAUAUGAGUGCCAGAUGUGCCGUUCCUGGGACGAAGGGGAAGCAUUUCUCACACAUUUUUCCAGCGCAGAGCAUGAGCUGUUGUAUGCAAACGGGACUUUUCUAUAUUGUACUGGAUGUAAAUUCAAAACCCGAAAACCAGCAAAGAUGGGUAGACAUAUUAUUAAGUACCAAUCGCAAAACACACAGCUAAAGUGUAACAUUCACUCUGUCAAAACUGUUCACUGAGUUAUGGUGUUAUAAUUAUUACUGCUGAAUUCGGCCUAAUUGUUUCCGUAGUAGCUCUCAUGAGAAACUUGCAUGCCAUUAUUUU